UGUCCCCACCCCCCAACUUCCCUCCUGGUAAUCCUCCAGCAGCAGCAGCAGACACCGAGGCUAACAAAGCGCUACUUUGACUUCAAUAGAACAGGUUUUCAACCAAUCACUACCGAUGGCAGCGAUUAGGAAAAAGCUGGUUAUUGUGGGAGAUGGAGCCUGUGGGAAGACCUGCCUGCUCAUUGUGUUCAGUAAGGACCAGUUUCCUGAAGUCUACGUGCCCACGGUGUUCGAGAACUACGUCGCUGACAUCGAAGUCGACAGCAAACAGGUUGAAUUAGCACUCUGGGACACAGCAGGUCAAGAGGACUAUGACCGACUCCGCCCACUCUCUUAUCCAGACACUGAUGUCAUUCUCAUGUGCUUCUCCAUCGACAGCCCAGACAGUCUUGAGAACAUCCCCGAGAAGUGGACCCCUGAGGUGAAACACUUCUGCCCCAACGUUCCCAUCAUACUGGUGGGGAAUAAAAAGGACUUGCGCAACGAUGAUCACACUCGGAGGGAGCUAGCCAAAAUGAAGCAGGAACCCGUGAAACCAGAGGACGGACGGGAUAUGGCCAACCGGAUCAGUGCCUUCGGAUACAUGGAGUGCUCCGCGAAAACAAAGGAUGGCGUGAGGGAAGUGUUCGAGAUGGCGACCAGGGCUGCACUACAGGCCAGGCGGGGAAAGAAGAGCAAUAAAUGCGUCGUACUGUAAACUGGGGCUCGAGGACUGCUUCCUGCAGGGGGGGGGGUAGGAGGAGGAGAAUUAGGUCAAGCCUAUCCCCCCCCCCAGAUAAACACACAAAGACUGUUCUCCCCCUGUUUUUACUAAAGCUGUAAUGCUUCUACUGUUUUGUCUUAAGCAAAGUUAGUCAGGUCAUCAGUAUUCAACUUUAAGGUUAUUAAAAAAAUACUUUUUUGUACUUUUAACAUGAGUAAAAAAAAUUUGCCAUAACGAAAGCUCCUUAAACACAUGUAAUUGUAAAGGUCAGCCCAGGGACCUGUCGUCAUACUUGCCAACUCCAGCUAAGUGCUUAAGCCCUGCCUGCUGAUCUGAGGAAUGUGUCCACAGCCAACUAGGGUGAAGUACCUGCUCACUGUGACCUGUCGUCCUUUAACUAGUCCAACAAACUGAUGCACACGUCGAGUCUAAACUCAGCAGUGUGCCUCCUAUUACUAAAAAAAAAACAACAAAAAAAAAACCUUGGUGCAUUGUGAUCACAUGCUCAUUAUUAUACUGGAAACUGGUUUUGCUAAAAGAAAAACAAAGUGUUUUGUGUAAUAAAUUACUUUGUAAGAAUCGUGAUAAUUUGCUUGACUUGAGAAACACUGAACGAGGACCAGAAAUGAAAUGAAAUGUAACGGCGGGUUUUGUUUUCUUUCUUUUUUUUCUCCUUUCUUGGGUUAAGACUUUCACUGUUGGCCAGUUUUAUUGUUUCUUUUCUUUUCAUGCUCAUUUUAAUGUUGGUCUGGGGGUCCUGGCUCAGCCACAGUGCAAGAGGUGCACACAGGAGACAUGGCGGGCUUCGCCGAUCAAUACAAGCCACUCCUUUUUAGCUUUUUUUUUUUUUUGUCUCGUCUAUGGAGCCUGACGCUUAGGCUAGGGACUAAUCUCUGUGGAAGCAACUUUUUGAUAAGCCCCAGAACUACUUAGUACAAAUAUAAAUUAUAUGUAACAAUCAUGGUGUUAACAGUUUGGGGAAAAAAAAUAAACUUGUCAGUGCUCCCUGGUGGACAAAUUAGCGCCUGAUGUUUCUGUUUUUAUCCUCCUUGCAGCCAGAGUUGGUGUGAAUAAAGCGCUCAGACUUGUA